AUAUAAGGCCGCAUAGUAGCUUAUAUGUAGAGGUUUUUGUUCGCUUUUCAAACAGUCAGCUUAUUUUGAACACUUUCGAUAUGAGGCGUGGUUUUCUUUACUUACUUUGACACUUCUAUCAUCUGACAAAAUGUCACCGUCACCAUGUUACCCUGCGCCUGUUUUGACAUAGGUGUGAUUGAACGAGUCAAGUUUUAUGUCGCAAAGCAACAGAAGAGGCAAAACCCUGCUGAUAUGUCCAUGUUUGAUUGGUUAGAUUCUUUGAAAAGGAAAGGACAUGACACGGACAUGACACGGAAAGGACAUGACCCGGACGCCAAAAUGUUUGCGUCAGACGAAACGAAGCAGACUAUUUCAGAAGAUGACAAGCUCGAUCAGAGCGCGGCCCUUCCAUUAGUUGCUACCGACAGCAAUACAAACGGGUCUGUUUUAACAACCUUGCCAAACUCUACACCAGACUCCGCUCCGAACCUUGAACAACCACCCAAAUCAGCUGAUACUCCUGAUCCUGAGGGCGGGGAGUUUGUAGGAAGUUUUGCGGAGGAAGCACCUCCUGAUUCUCCUGGUUCUCCUGCGAACGUGUUUAAAAACAUAGGUGAUGACGUCGAGGAUGUUUUUGAGAACGUCUUGAAAACCUUUUCUUCCCUCGAGGACGAGGCUUCUGAAUUUGCUAAAAGGUUUACAGGAUGGGGAAAAAAAGACGAGCCCGAUGUGGAGAUAUUGGAUAUCAGUGAGAUACCAGAUAACUUUGAUAUAACUCAAGAAGUGUUGGCAGACGAUGAGUGCUACAGAAUCACUUUGGAGAUAAUUAAAGCAAGCGAUCUAGCUGCGAUGGACAACAACGGGCUCUCAGACCCAUUUGUUGAGAUAGUCAUGCACAAGGACCUUGUACUGAAGAGUAAAGUUAUCAACAAGUCUAUAAACCCUGUUUGGAACGAGAAGUUUACCCUUCACAUUGACGACAGAUCUGCUCUGGCGAACAUUCAUGUUUUGGAUCAUGACAUCUUUGGAGCAAACGAUAGGAUCGGAUAUAUUGACCUGGAUCUAGCAUCCAUUCCACCCUUUCACCGAUAUACAACUACCAUCAAUUUAGCCUCUUCUGUGGACGGGCAGGAUUUUGUGGGUACACUAACUUUCUCUUAUCUUGUGGAAAUCGUUAACAAUUCUGUGGCUAACGACAUCAAAUCUAUUGGAACUAAAGGGCAAGAGCGACUGUUGGGUAUUAUCCAGAUUACAGUUAUUGAAGGUAUGGACCUCCCACCCAUGAACAGCGACGGGACAUGUGACCCCUUCAUCAGACUGCAAUUGAGCGAUCAGCAGUUUGAAACCAAAGUUAUACCUUCAACUCUGAAUCCUAAGUGGAGAGAAAGUUUUGAGUUCCGUUAUCUCAGCACUUCUGGAGAUAUGCUUCAGGCCAGUUUAUGGGACUCCGAAGUAGGAAUUUCAGAUAACAUUAUCGGAGACACGGAAAUAGAUCUCAGCAAGAUUGCACCAAACAAACCGUUCAAGUACAUAUUCGGACUGGACCACACGAACACUAAAAUAAGUCUUCUGAUUAAAAUCCUCAAGUUUGCUGAACUCGGAGCAGCGGAGUUGCAGCUUCAAAAGGAAAUAAACGAUGCUGAAACCCGGAUUCUAAAAGACCAAUAUGCCCUAGUGAACACUGGGAAAGAUUUCUCAAACGUGGGAUAUCUGAUAGUAAAGCUGAUCAGAGCAACCAACCUGCCCAGUAAGAAGAUUGGGUCCAUGGAUCCGUACGUUGUCAUGGAGAUAGAGAACUGUAGGUCUAUUUCACCGGUCAGGGAGGAUUGCCUGGAACCCGAAUGGAAAUUAACAUACAGGUUCCCAAUAAACGACUACCACAGUGUCCUCCACCUCUCCCUGUGUGACGAGGAGGAUCUGGUGAAUGAUGUGCUAGUUGGCAGAAUUGCUAUCCCUCUCUUUAACUGCAGAGGACUUAAAAAGUACAUAUUGAAGGACGCGAAACUAACUGGUGUUGGUAAAGGUGAGCUGAUUAUAGAGACAGCAGUUUUCUACAACCCCAUCAGAGCAGCAGUUAGAACCUUCUCUCCGAAGGAAGAGAAGAUAAUGAAAGAUCCAACAAAGUUUGACAUUUCCUUAUUACAGAGAGAUGUUAAGAGAAUUACUGCUCAGUUGGAGAUGGUUCAAGAUAUGGGUGAGGGGUUGGAUCAGAUCAUCCGUUGGAGAAAUAAACCCCUAUCUUUCGUCUCCAUGAUAAUAUUCGUCCUUGUCACCUACUACAUCGAGCUUUGGAUGGUUCCCCUUGCGAUUGGGCUUUUGCUCUUAUACAGCCACGUAGCACAAAGAUGUGGUGUCAAAAAGAAAGAGACCUGGGUUAGAAACAACGUGAACAGAGCCUACUACGAGGUUACAAGAGAGACAGAGGGCGAAUCGACGGGGUUCAGCGCAAAGCUUGACAAAAUGAAAACAGUCUUCACAACCGCUGAAGGCAUUCAAAAAGGCUUAGAUUUUGCGGCGAGUAUUGGAGAAAAGUUUGGUCACAUAGGUCAGUGGAAGAACCAGUUUGUGUCAGCGAUGUGCUGUGUGAUACUGAUAUCAGCUGGCUGUCUGCUGUACUAUGUGAGCCCCCGGUAUAUGAUCAUAGUGUGGGGUCUGAACAAGUUUAGGAAGUUCUACUUCCAACCCAACCUAGUGGAUAAUAACGAGAUGGUGGACUUGUUGUCCAGGAUUCCCUCAUUCCCUGAGAUUGAGCAAUAUAGACAAAUCAGAAGUCGGGGGUCUGGUGCCCGACCUAGGAGCGCUGCAGGUUCUUCUCGUGAGCUCAACAAAGCAGAUUGAAGAAGGGUCCACUAUCAUUAAGACUUUAAGAGUUCUUAUUUUGAAUUUUAGAGGAUGUGAAAUUCAACAAGACCACUGUUGGUACAUGUGAACGUCACCACAGAAAAACAUUACCAAUACUAAAAUCUUUGUAAUUACUUCUUAAAUCUGCCAAAAUAAUGCCGAACUGCCGAGCAUGAUAAAUAUAAACCAACGUGGCACUAAUUGUGCGAAGAGCCAGUAUUCUAUUAUUGUUUCUGCUACUUUCUGCUUGCAUAGCGCAGUAGCAACUAAUUUCAGUGCUAUUUUUGAGUUUGAUCAGGACUUAAAACAUUUUGAAAUGGUAAUAAACAAUUUGUAAGUAAAUUCAUUCGCAUAUCUUUAAAGAUUACUUUUUGUAAGACCUUUAAGUAUAAAGCGACUUUAAUUAAAUUGCAAGUAAACAAGUGCAUUUAAUCAUCGGGACAACAGCAUUGGUGAAAUUAAAUGCAGUGUAAUAAAUGAACUGUUGAUUUUCCUAAUUUUUGAUACUGCAAUUCAAUUUUUACUGGUGUUAAUUUAUUUUGACUUUUCUUAACAAAUUAGCUGUAUUUCUAUGGCAAGAAGGGUAUGUAGUUUCAAUUGCAUUUGUAGAAUUGUUUAUAAUAUGUUCUUUAUUUUCAGAAUCAUAUUUAUGUAGUUGUUCAGAAAUGCUUUUAGUACAUUAGCAAGA